AUGGCAGCCAGGGGUGGCUUCCGUGGAGGCUUUUCCCAAUCGCAGCCUGGUUAUCCAAGCAAGGGGCAGUACAACCAGUCCUAUUCUCAGUCUUCUGGGCAUGCAACGCCCAACUCUUCAUACCAAGGCUCCCCCACUGCCCAAUCACCAUACGGUGGAAGUGGGCGGGGUUGGAGUGGCCAGCAGCAAUUCUCUCCGCAGAGUCAACACCCUGGCCCAUCGUACCCACACAACAGCUAUGGGCCUCCCAGUGGCCCUCAAAGUCACUACCACUCGAAUUCCCCCCCAUAUCCACCAAACGGGCCCUCGUCUCAAUACCCAUCCGGGCCUUACCGUGGAGGACACAGGGGCGGAUCCGGCGGGUUCCGGGGCGGUCAGUUUAAUUCCAAUCGUGGAGGGCACCGAAGCACCUUCAAGAACACGCAAUGGAAUGCAAACGCGCCGAACAGCAGUAGCCGGGGCCGUGGACAGAGCGACGAGCCUGAUCCCCCGCAUCCCAGCGCACACUCGUCACCAAAUAACCAGAAAGAUGCUGGCCCGGAGUCUGAGGAUGUCUCCUUAGAAGACAGCGAAAAUCCCUUCCGUCCGUCUAAGGACUUGCAGGUCGAAGACACCAGCAGAGAUGAGCAGAACAAGGAGGAGCAGAUGCCCCCUCCCAACCGGCCACCGCCAACAGGGCCGCAGUCACAGUCGCAGACAACCAACAAGUUCAGCUUUAGCAUGAAGAAUGCCGUGAAGCCUGCCGUGCCGCCGCCAAGGCCCGAGAUAUCAUCCAAGUUCAACGCUGCUCCGCCUCCACGCGAAAGCCCUCAGAAGCCUGCACCUAAAGCCACGCCGCCGAAGUCCGAUAGGGAUAAAGGAGGGUUCCCUAAGAAUGUCCCCACCGAACCAGCGUCGGCGCGCGCGCGUCCCGGCGACCGGAGGCACCCAGAGCCGAGUAGACAGCAGGAGCCGAGCAGACAGCACGAGCCGCCCCCGCCGCCUCCGCCUCGAACCCGGAAAGUAACCAAAACUUUGAAGCGGUUGAAGGAGAAACCCGUGCUCCCUCCGGACUUGGCAAAAUCUAAGUCUGUUUACUACAGAAAGCCGGGCAAUGAAUCGGUUGUUGGUUCAGGCACGUAUGGCAAAGUCUUCAAGGGCCUGAACGUUUACACCAAGAAACUAGUGGCCCUGAAGCGAAUACGUAUGGAGGGGGAGAGGGACGGGUUCCCAGUGACUGCAGUGCGAGAGAUAAAACUACUCCGUUCCCUAAGCCACAAGAACAUCGUCAAGCUACAGGAGGUCAUGGUCGAGACAAACGAGUGCUUCAUGGUGUUCGAGUACUUGUCGCACGACUUGACUGGCCUUCUCAACCAUCCCAACUUCACACUGGAGCCAGCACAGAAGAAGGACUUAGCCCAGCAGCUAUUUGAGGGGCUCGACUAUCUCCACACCAGAGGCGUCCUACAUCGUGAUAUCAAAGCUGCCAAUAUAUUGGUCAGCAAUGAAGGUAUACUCAAGCUUGCCGACUUUGGGCUGGCUCGGUUUUACGCCAAGCACCACCAGCUUGACUACACCAACCGCGUCAUCACCAUCUGGUACAGGUCGCCAGAGCUUCUACUUGGAGACACCCAGUAUGGGCCGGCAGUUGAUAUCUGGAGCGCCGCCUGUGUUCUGGUCGAGAUAUUCACGAAGCGGGCUAUUUUCCCAGGAGACGGGAGUGAGAUCAGCCAACUGGAGAAGAUACAUGCCGUCCUCGGAACCCCCAAUAGGACGGACUGGCCAAACCUCAUCGAGAUGCCCUGGUUUGAGCUCCUCCGACCCAACUAUAGGAGGCCGAACCUAUUCGAGGAGAAGUACAAAGACCAAUUAACACCUGCAGCCUUUGAGUUGCUUGCCUCUAUGUUUCAAUACGACCCCGACAAGCGUCCCACCGCCACCGAAGUCUUGCAGCAUGCCUACUUUACAACCGAGGAGCCAGCUCCUAAACAAGCGAUUGAACUCAAAGACAUCGACGGCGAAUGGCACGAGUUUGAGUCCAAGGCCCUUCGGCGCGAGAAUGAGAAGAAAGAGAAGGAAGCCCGACGCGCUGCUCAAAAAGAGGGCCCGUCGAGCAGUAGUCGCGAGAAGGACCGCAAGCGACCAAACGAAUCAGCCGAUGUGCAGCGGGAAGCUAAGCGUCUGCAUGUGGACGCAGAUUCCAAGACACUCAAGGCUGGCCAGGAUCUAGAACUCGAUCCCGUAUCUGGCAAGCUCGAGUCUGCAAAGCCCAAGAGCCGUGAGACUCAACAGCAGCCGUCUCAGGUGUCCCGGGCCACCACUAGUUCUAGAAGGCCACUUACCUCGGCAGUCCAUGUUCCGUCAGGCUCCGCUGCCACGACCUCUGACACUCGAGCUUUUGUAAAAAACUAA